GGUCAACACCGAUGCAUUGGGCAGGUCGGAGUGGACAUUGGAGGACACUGGAAGCUCUCGCGGCGAGCGGGGCCGACGUGGACCCCGUCUGCAAUGGGCAACACGCCUCUCCACGACGCAGCUUCAAAUGGGAAGCUUCUGGCGGUGGGCGCCCUGAUUGGCCUCGGGGCGUCCACCAGCAAGAAGAAUAAGGGCGGCAAGACUCCACAGGACCUGUUGGGGACAACUUCCGCUGACAGAGUCUUCUCCAUGGCGAAGGAAAGUGCUGCGGCGGAGAAGGAGAGGGAGGA